AUGGUGAAACUUUGGGAUGCGUUAACAGGGGAUGUGCUGCAUUCUUUUGAGCACAAGCAUAUUGUUCGAGCAUGUGCCUUCUCAGAGGAUACAAAACUGUUGAUCACGGGAGGGUUUGAGAAGAUUCUCCGUGUUUUUGACUUGAAUCGGUUGGAUGCACCUCCUACAGAAGUCGAUAAAUCUCCCGGUUCUAUCAGAACUCUCACUUGGCUUCACAGUGAUCAAACAAUACUAAGUUCUUGCACUGAUAUUGGAGGUGUAAGGUUAUGGGAUGUAAGGAGUGGGAAAAUUGUCCAGACAUUAGAGACCAAGUCUCCUGUUACCAGUGCUGAAGUGAGCCAAGACGGACGAUAUAUUACAACUGCUGAUGGAUCAACCGUCAAAUUCUGGGACGCGAACCAUUUUGGAUUAGUGAAGAGUUACGACAUGCCGUGCAAUAUCGAAUCUGCAUCGUUGGAGCCAAAGUCUGGUGAAAAGUUUGUUGCUGGUGGAGAGGAUAUGUGGGUCCGAGUGUUUGAUUUCUACACUGGCGAGGAGAUUGGAUGCAACAAGGGACAUCACGGACCCGUACACUGCGUGAGGUUUUCACCCACGGGUGAGUCCUACGCGUCGGGGUCUGAAGACGGGACCAUCAGAAUCUGGCAAACGACACCUGCGAGUGUUGCGAAUGUUGAAGAGAACGAGUCAAGUUCGAGGAGGGUGAAGCAUAGUGUGGAUGAAGUUGCUAAGAAGAUUGAAGGAUUUCACAUCAUCAAGGAAGGAAAAACCGCUGAGAAACCAUCUGAUGCUUAA